AUGAAACGCCCGAAUUCGUCUAGUGUAGGCCAUCCUGAAUCCACAAUCCACAGCUCAGGAGUCCACUGCCCGCCGGCUGGCCUGUCCGCGACCAGUCCUUCAGAGGCUCCUGCUGCUCCUGCUGGGCCUGCUGGGCCUGGGCCGGGAGGCAAGACGUGGAGGCGCGAGGUGAGAGUAAACAUCGUCACAGACCUCAUCUCUGCUUACUCACUACCUUCACUGCCGCUGCUGCUCUACAUCCGGAGCUCCCACAAGCAAACGCACUCGUUCCUCGCCAGCUGCACAUCUCCAAAUCUCUGUCCAGAGCUACCCCCAUACCCCACCAUGGCCUCCCACGAGCAAGAUGACACCAUGCCUGAGGAGACUCAGGGCUACAAGCUCUCCCAGCCCAAGCAGAGUCUCGCUGAGUACCAGAAGAUGGGUGAGUACUGA